AUGGCCAGAGAAAUGCUUCUUCCAAUUGUCUUCCUGCCCUUGGCUGCUGUGCUACAAGUAUCCCUAGCACAGGGAGAAAAAUCCUUUGUGUUGGGCCUCUCCAAGCAACAACAGCAAGAGAUUGUUGAUGCAUAUAAUGCUGCCAGGAGAGCAGUGCAACCAACUGCUAGUAACAUGCUGAAAAUGGAAUGGAGUGAGAGAGCUGCUGAGAGUGCAAAACGAUGGGCUGCAGAAUGUCAAGGAAGAGCCAGCCUCCUAAAGAACAGAUACGUGGAUGAUAUCCUUUGUGGUGAGAGUAUAUCACAAUCAAAUUUUGCUAGAAGCUGGGCAGAGGUCAUAGGGUUCUGGAAUUCUUCACACUCAAAAUUCAUAUAUGGCAAAAGUAUGACAGAAGAGUUAUGGAGAAAGGUUUUGCCAUAUACUCAGAUGGUUUGGUAUAAUUCAAAUGAGAUUGGAUGUGCAUAUGCCUUCUGCCCACUGCAGGAAACGUUCACUCACUUUUAUGUAUGUCGUUUCUGCCCUACAGGAAACAUAUUAGAAAUGUUACCGAAACCCUACAAAGAAGGUCCGACAUGUGGAGACUGUCCUAACAACUGUGACAAUAAACUCUGCACCAAUCCAUGCAAGUACAAAAAUGAAUACAGUGCUGAGCAGUGUGCAGAAACAUUAAACAACUUUGGGUGUGAAACGGACUUCGUCCAGAAAAAAUGCAAAGCUUCCUGCGACUGCAAAACAGAAAUUGUGUAACAAAAAUGGGUUUCAUAAGUCUCUUCAAAUAACUCUUAUGAAUGUGAAAAAUAAGGAAACAGAAAAGGAUAGAAAAUAUGGAAACAAAAAAAGAUAGCCACCCUUAAUGGCUAACAUUUCAGAAUUCGAUAGUUGUCAGUUUUUUCACCUUUAUGACUUUUAAUGUCUUUUCCUGAUGAAGAACUUGAAAAA